AGCUUCAAUCGAAAAGCCAGAGUCGCGACAUGGCCUGUCGAUCAGCGCCGCUACUACCCUUCCUUGUGGCUGCUUUCUCGCUGCUACUUCCUCUGGCCCGUGCUCAAACGGGGACCAACUUUCCCGCGUCGGAAUUUACGUACGGUUCCUUCUCGUCCAAUCUUGUUAUUUGCUACUCGAACACGAUCAAUUCGCAAUCGAUCCGCCUGACGCCUGUUACCCGCACGUUUUCCUUUACACCGAGUAGCACGCAAACGAUAAAGUACAUUCAGAUCAUGUCACCCGAUCUGAAAAAGUUCUACGCGCAGAUUGCUAACGGUGGCGUAGGGGGGACCACUGCAACCUCAACGGAUAUUGUUGUUUCAUCGGUUCACGGUGGAUAUUUGAAUGUGGCCGUUCGGAUCUAUUGUUUAGUCACCACUUAAAAAAUUCAGCAUGGAAAAAUAAGUGAAAUAAAAACAACAAAACACCUUUUUA